AUAACGUCUAUAUAAACACUGUUCGUGCCAUAAAUGUCACAUGUGUUUUUUCUACGAGGAAUAAAAGUGUAUCGAUAGAUAAGAAAUAAUGAGCAAAAAAGGUAAAAGAGAAAGCAGCAAUUUAGGAAAAUCCUUAAUUAAAGAUCGAUUCAGAUCUAGAAAAAUUAAAAGAAAUAGCAAUGAACCGUCGAUGCUCCAUACCGCAGAGCUUGAUGACGAUUGGAGUCGGUUAAAUUUAAAAUCAAUUACAGAGGAAAGCUCAUUUCAAGAAUUUUUAUCGACGGCUGAGCUUGCGGACACGGAAUUCACCGGAGAAAAAUUGAACAUUAAAUUUGUCAAUGCCAGUAGCGCCGGUUUGCUCUCGGAAGCUGAAAAGAAAAAAAUAUUGGAAGCACAGAAAAAAAACGAAGGUCUUGUUAAGAUACCACGAAGACCGAAAUGGGACAAUAUUAGCGCUUCCGAGCUACAAACUCGGGAGAAAGAAGUAUUUUUAGAAUGGAGACGCGGUUUAUCUUUGUUGCAGGAAAUCGAAGGAUUGAUAUUGACACCUUACGAGAAAAAUUUGGAAUUCUGGCGACAAUUGUGGAGAGUGGUCGAACGUAGUGACGUAAUUGUACAAAUCGUAGAUGCGCGCAAUCCAUUGCUUUUUCGCUGCGAGGAUUUGGAGCGUUACGUCAAGGAAGUCAAUCCUGACAAACUUAACAUGAUUCUCAUUAAUAAAGCCGACUUUUUAACGGAAGGACAAAGAGAAGCGUGGGCAAAGUACUUCGCGGAUCUAAAUAUUUUGGCAGCAUUUUUCUCUGCGACAUUAACGGCGGAGAAACACAUAAUUCAAGAAGAAGAUGAGGAUAACGCAACUGAUACUUCUGAAAACGAGAAUGAAAAUGAUAGUGACGCAACUGAUUCUUCUGAAAAAGAGAAUGAGGAUGAUAGUGACAAGUCAAAGUCGGAAGUUGCAUCGAAAUCAGAAUCAAAAUGUGAAAUCUUGGAAGAUGAUCACAAUGAUAUCCACAAUAUAUCUGACACAGAGACUGAUACAGAUAAACAGAAAGUAGAAAAUCAGCUACAUGCGAUAAAGAACUUAGAAAUCUCUCCAAUAGAUGUAAAGAAUGAAAAGAAAAUAGUUAAUUCCUCAAAAUUGUUAGCUAGGGAUGAGCUUGUAAACUUAUUCAAAACAAUUUACACCGGCCAUAAAACAUACAUGGAUGGAGUGACUACAAUUGGUUUGGUGGGGUAUCCGAAUGUCGGGAAAAGUUCCACCAUCAAUGCUUUGAUGAUGAAUAAAAAAGUCUCGGUGUCCGCCACACCAGGUAAAACCAAACACUUUCAGACUUUAUACUUGGAUAAAAAUCUUCUGUUGUGCGAUUGCCCGGGGCUGGUGAUGCCAAGCUUCGUUUGCACAAAAGCGGAAAUGAUCCUGAACGGCAUACUGCCGAUCGAUCAAAUGCGGGAUCAUGUACCAGCAGUCACAUUACUGGCUACAUUGAUACCUAGACAUGUUCUGGAAGAUCUCUACGGUUUUAUGCUGCUUGUAUCAUCGGAAGAAGAUCCGGAUCGCGCGCCAACUGCGGAAGAGCUUCUGAAUGCACACGCCUAUAACCGAGGUUUUAUGACACAAAAUGGUCAACCGGAUAAUCCACGCUCGGCGAGAUACGUUCUGAAAGAUUUCGUUAAUGGUAAACUAUUGUACUGUGUCGCACCGCCAACACUCGAGCAAAAGAGCUUCCACGUGUUUCCACCCCGGCGUAGGAAUUUCGCGAACAAACACAUACCGCCCCGAGUUGCUCGCGUGAACGAAGGGUGUCGGAUAACAGCCGACACUGUGGAUCGGAAGUUCUUUCAGAAUGUACAUGUCAAGGGGAUUCCUGGACCUAUUCCGCAACAAUCUAAAAUACUCGCUGGAUCAACUAUCAAUUCAACAGGAUCGUCGAUCGUCGAUCAGACUAACGAAACCAAGAAACCGUGGAAGAUGAUAAAUAAACAUGCUAAUAAAAAUAAACGCGAAAAGACUCGAAGAGUGUACGCUUAUCUUGAUCAACACUGAGCGGACAAAAUUGUGCAGAAAAUAUUCUGCGUUCUCCUGAAUUUAUUAUGCCCAUUUUCUAUCACCUUUUAUAAUAGCUGUACGAUUGUAUAUAACAGCU